AUGAGGCAAAAAUACAGUUUGAGGGUUUCAAGAAUCAAAGACAAAUUGUGGAGAUUGCCUUUUCGAGGACAUGAUGAGUCUUCGACAUCAUCCAAUAGAGGAAAUUUUUUAGAAUUGCACAAAUGGUAUAACUCAGAGUGUCCAGAAGUUACGGCAGUUGUUGGAAUGAAUGCACCUGGAAAUAAUCAAAUGAUUAUCCCAAAAAUUCAAAAGCAAUUGGUGAAUGCUUGUGCAGUUGAGACCACAAAUGCUAUUCUAGUUGAUCUUGGAGAUAGGUGGUUCACUUUACUAUUUGAUGAGGCUCGUGACUGCUCAGUGAAAGAGCAAAUGACAGUUGUUAUUAGAUAUGUGAACAAACAUGGAGAGGUGAUUGAACGAUUUAUGACUAUAGUUUAUGUUGCAACAACUACAACUGCUUGUUUAAAGGAAGCAAUCGACUCUUUAUUUGCUAAGUAUGGUUUGUUAGUGGCGAGAUUGAGGGGUCAAGGAUAUGAUGGUGCUUCAAAUAUGUCUGGAGAAUUUAAUGGCUUAAAGUCACUGAUAAUGAAAGAAAAUCUGUAUGCAUUGUAUGUUCAUUGUUUUGCUCAUCAACUCCAGCUAGUGGUUGUAGCUGUUGCUCAAGCAAAUCAAUAUGUUUGUGAUUUCAUGUGGAUUAUUGGUUCGAUUGUGAACACAUCUGCAUCAUCUUGCAAAAGGGCCGACAAACUUCGACAACUUGAACAUGACAUAAAAGUUAAACUUCUUGAAAGAGGAGAGAUUAGUUCUGAGGUUUUUCAAAAUUUGAUUGAUGAUGGUGAUCGUUCUUCUAAGGGUUUAAGUAGAACUUUGGUUGAAAAAAUGGAGAGGAUUGGAGAUGAAUGGAUGAAUGAUAGUUUGAUAGUCUAUAUCGAGAAAGAUGUUUUUAAUAUUGUCGAUAAUGAGCCAAUUUUACAGCGUUUUCAGAACAUGGAGUCUCGAAGAAUGCAAUUGUCACGCUUUGCAAAUCCGAUGGUUUCGAAGGUGAUCCUUUGUGGAUAA